AUGGACCUGUUGGAACAGCAGGAAGCCCCCCUGAACCCCCACAGGGGGCCCUCCCAGGGCCACGCUCCUGUAGCCUCUUCUCUCGUCUGCUUCGCUUCCCAGGUGCAGGUGUGGGACACAGCCGGCCAGGAGAGGUUUCGGAAGAGCAUGGUGGAGCACUACUACCGCAACGUGCACGCCGUGGUCUUCGUGUACGACGUGACAAAGAUGAGCUCCUUCACCAACCUCAAGACAUGGAUUGAGGAGUGCAAUGGGCACGCGGUGUCCCCGCUCGUCCCCAGGGUGCUCGUGGGGAACAAGUGUGACUUGAAGGACCUGAUCCAGGUGCCGUCCAGCCUGGCCCUCAAGUUCGCCGACGCUCACAACAUGCUUUUGUUUGAGACCUCGGCCAAGGACCCGCAGGAGAGCCAGAACGUGGACGCCAUUUUCAUGUGCCUGGCCUGCCGGCUGAAGGCGCAGCGCUCGCUGCCCUGCCGGGACGCCGAGGGCUGGCCGGGGCAGCCCCAGCCGCAGUCCCGCCGGCUGGACGAGGCCAGCGGGAAAGGCUCCUGCCCGUGCUGAGCGGGACCAGGCCCGGACCCCAAUAAAGGCUCUGAGCUCCCU